AUGCAAAGCCUUUGGCUUUCUUAUGUCGCUCCUCAUAGCCCUAAACUUCUUGAACUGUCAUCGAAACAAUUAGCCAAAAAGAAGAUUUGUAUCAGGCAUUUCGAACAUCAAUAUCUUGAUGGCUUCACGAGGAAAUACCACGGUUAUCCUACUCUACUGACUGAAGAAGAAAUAGCUUGUGGAGUAUCCAGUCAAUCCAUCACUGACUAUUAUGAUCAUACUUACUGUAAAAGAAGGCAAGGUAUGGAAGAAGCAGCUCCUGAAAUAAUUAAAAAGCCAAAAUAUAGUAAAGAAUACAUGCUGGUUAAUUUAGAUGAUUCACAAAAUAGUAAAAGAGAAAAUACUGGAGAGACUUCUGUGUCAGAUGACAUCACCAUGUUGUCAAAGCCAUCAACUUCUCAGCAAAGUUAUGAUGUCCCCAUUUCACGAAAGCCAUCGACAAUUCAACACAGUGAUAAAAACAAAUGUAUUAAGCUUGUAAAAAGUAGACCUCGACUUGUAACCAAUAUUAACAACAUAACUCCAAGAUGUCGAAGGUUGUACUUUAAGUGUAAAGAUAUGAUUAAAAGAAAGAGAUUGUUUACAAGUAAUGAAGAUAACAAACAAAACAUUGCUCAUGCAGAAAUUCUUAGAAAUACCAAAAGUUUUAGAAAAUUAAUAGAAAGUUAG